GAACCCAGGAAUGCGAUCACGGAGGCAGCCGCAGUUGGAGGAGGAUAGGAGACAAGGAGAAGAUGUCAUCCUCCUUUCUGGUCUCUGACGCAGGUAUCCAGGACACAGGAGCAACAGGUAUGGAACUGAAAUCAUGCUAAGGACCACAUUUGCAUUUACUCAGCAAUGCUGCAUCACUGUGAAAAGAAAAAUUUGCUUCACCAAGAAAUGGUCAAGGCCAAGCCCAAUCUGCACUAAAAAUCCUGCAACAUCAACUGGAAUCAUUUCAAGCCCUUCGACAACAGACUUUGCAGAAUGUCAGCAUGGUCCAGUCUGAAAUCAGCGGGAUUCUUAAUAAAAAUAUUAGUGAUAUGAAACACCCUGAGUUUAAUCCGGACCCUUUACUUUUGACCAGCACGCCUAUCAACGUUACUAAGCCUAGAUGGUGUCCAGAAGCAUCACUUUCAAAGAACCGGCUUCAUCUUGACAAAAGGACCACGCAGUUUCUGGAAACCAAUCCCAACAAAAUCUUGGGAGGUCCAGCCGCACAUGGAAAUGUUCCAUGUCGCAUUUUCUCGAAAUAUCAGUCAGCUGGAAAAGCUGAAGCCGUUGCCCUGACACCUAGGAAAAAAGCUUUUUCAGCUGUUAAAAAUGACCAUGAAUUGAAUAAUUCUGCCAGUAGUCUUUUUUCUCCAGCAUGGGUUGGUUUGGAAGCAGAAGCAAGGACUGCUCUUGGUGAGAACAAAGGCUAUGCUGGACCUAACAUUUCCAUGGCAUUCCAUGCAGAUGAGGAUGAGCACGUGAUCAAGAGUGUGAGUUCUUCCUUCAGGGACAUGAAAGACGAUAAUGAAAAAACGAGGCAUGAGCUUGCACAUCCCUUUGAAGUUCAGAAAUCUUCCACUGCCCAGAAUGGCAAAGACAAUGAUUCUGGUUACCUGUCCGAACAGGAUCCAACAGAAAAAGUCAGCUUGUCAAGUGAGGAUUUUAAAUCUAAGAGGACUUCCGAGUCGGAGGAUUCAGUAGAUGAGCUGCAUGUUGCCACGGUUUCUUUUAAAGGAAACAAUCAGAUUGCAACACAAUCACAAUCAGAUACUCAGAGCAAGAACCAGAAUAAAGAUUUUUUUGGUAAAGGUAACAUGUUUGAGAAGUUGCAGCUAAAUUUCUCGUCCAAAACAGGAGAAGAUAAAUCUCUUACUCCAGAACACCCAGAGGAAAGAAAAAAGGACAAACAGCUGCACCUGCUGGGCACAAAACAAGAGUUUCCAAACCACAAAGUUCUGGAUUCCUGUGAUAUCAGAGUUGGAUCUGACAGCUACCAUAAAAAAAGUGAAUUGUUGCAGAUUACUCCAAAAGAGUCUGAUCCCUUGCCAAAAAAACUGAUGGAUCUCCAAAGUGAAAAUGUUGAUCUCAAGAAACAAAUGAAACCUCUGACUGAUAUUAUACAGUCUCUGACUGAGCAAAACGCAAAAUAUCAGAAGCAGAUUAAAGAUUUACAUGAUGAGAAAAACAGCAUUCAAGAGAGGCUAGUGAAAUCAGACAGAGACUGUAAGGAAUGCAUUAAAGAAGUUAAAAACUUAUUGAAGAAAUGCAAGGAACUUGAAGAGCAGAAAAUUACUCUGGAAGAAAAACAGGAUCAACUUUAUGCUCAAAACCAACGAAUGAUGCGGAACAUGGGUAAUUUUCAGAAGAAGGAGCAAGAAGCCCUUGAAAAUCUGGCAGCUCUCACCCAAGAAAAGAGUGACCUUGUUGAGGCCUUGGGAACUCGGGAAAGUCAAAUUACACCACUUCAAGUGGAGUGUGAAGCAUUAGAAGAAAAAGUAAUGCAACUUACAGAGGAAAAGAGCUUACUUGAAAAGGAACUUGAAGAAAAACAGAAGCAAAUACAGCAACUGAAAGAAAACAAAGAGGCCGGGCUCUCUGAUAUGGAAGCUGUUCGUAAGAUGACAGAGUCACUUCAAGAGGAAAAGUUGAAUCUCGAAAAGGCUUUGCAGGAGUCGACGGAUUCUAGGGAAGUCCUCCAGAAGGAGCUUGAGGAGGCCCAGAAAGAGAGAGCUGACACUGAGAUAAAACUUCUGAACGAAUGUAAAAAUACAAGAUUGGAAGCUGGCGUUUUAAAAACCAGCUUGUCCAACAUGGAGAAAGAGUGUGACAGGCUGUCAGUGGUGGUAGGGAGCAUGACAGAAGACAACUGGAUUCUUAAAAAGGAAUUGCACGAAUACAAACAGGAGGUGUCAGAGCACAAAGCUACAAUAAGGAAGCUGAAUGAGAGACUCUUGCUGAUGGAAAAUGAAACACGUACAUUGGAGAAUGAGAGAGAUGUGUUGCACUUUGAAGUGAAUCGCCUCAGUAGGAAUAAUGGUAGUUUAAGAGACCAAGUCACUACUUUAUUCAGAGAACGCUAUAAGCCAAGGCACAGUCCCAGAAGCAAAAGGCUGGAUCGUGAUCCUGCACAUCCCACUGAAAUUCAUGAAGAAAUGUCUAGUUUCCAGCAUAUUUCUGUAAAAUACAAUUCGCCAGAAUGUGGCAGGAUUGCUGAAACCCGAAGGCAGUGGGAAGAGGAGGCGCAUUACAAAGAGGCAUGGCCCAGCCACAUCCAGCAGCGUUACAGCACUGUUUCAGUCAGCUGCACCACAUCUGUCAUCAGGGAAUCGAGUCUUCACACUGCCGUCCAGAUGAAAUUUGGCACUCUCUGCUCAGCAACUUAGAGCUUUGCAAGUUGCACACACAAGUUUUAUACACAAAGCCUCUCCCUGCCGAUAAAAUAAAGGCUAAAUAUAUUUCUGAUCUCUCUGCUCAAUAAAACAUAGCAAAGAGCAGAGCUAUCGGAAAAGGAAGAACAACAAAACUGGGGAAAGUGCCUGAGACUUGGAUGGGGAAAACUCAAAUCUCUAUUAAUAUGUACGGCAUCGCCUUAUGAUCCCCUUCCCUCGUUUGUCUUUUUUGGAAGAGUGGAACAGUUUGGAAAGUUAUUUAUAUACUAUUGCAUUCUGACAAGUAUGGUAUCCACCUGAGUUUUGUUAUCAGUCAUAACUGUUGUUCAAUGAGGGAAGUUAGGGAUAAAAUGCAUUUCUAACAAAAUGCACAACUUUAAUGAAUGAAAAUAUAAAACCAGACUUUGUUUUUUUAAAAAUCUGAAUAUUUAAGAGUUUAAGAAUAGGACUUUAUUUGUUGUGCAAUGUUUUCACACAUUAAUACUGUUCAGAACAUUUACAAUUGCAAGAGGAAAAAAAUCCAGUGAAAUGCUUGCCUCUACAUAAAUUUUGUAUCUAUCAACCAGAAGCAGAUACUAAAUCCUUGGAAGAAACAUUCAACUUCAGUUUGGAUGAUAAAUAGUUUUUAAAAACCUAGACAUUAAUUACACAGCAAACAAUAUGUGUUUAUUGUUCCUAACAACUAUAUAUAGAAUUUUUCCAGUGCAUACUUAACAUGUAAACAUGUACCUAACAGCCUAAAUACAAUUUGCAUUAAAAUAUCUUCCAUGUUUCAUAAA